AGCUCAUAACGAUCCUGACAAAAGGCUCACGACCAAAAGACCUUCACCAUGAGCUUCAACGACCCGAUGGAUCAGUUCUUUAGCGAGGUGGAACAGGCCGAAUCGCCCUACAUCCUCUACACCGCCCUAGGGAUCUCGUUACCGACGGCGGACAAGUCCGAACGGGAAGCCGUCUCCCAGGAAGACGUCAGACGAGCGUACAGAAAGGCCGCUAUUCGAUGUCAUCCGGAUAAACAUGCCACCAAGUCUGAAGAGGAGAAGAAGAGGUUGGCGGACGAGUUUCAGAAGGUCGGGUUCGCUUAUGCCGUCCUGAGCGAUGAGAAGCGGAAAGCCAGGUACGAUGCUACCGGCAGGACUAGCGAAGUGACGUUUGACGAUAUGGGCGAGGGGAUGGAAUGGGCGACGUACUUUGAGACGGUCUUUACAAAGGUCGACAAGAAGAUGUUGGACGAGGAUAGGAAACGAUAUCAAGGUUCAGAAGAGGAGACGGAGGACGUCCUCGAAGCAUAUCGCACAUCCACAGGCGAUCUCGACGGUAUCAUGAGCCGCAUACCUCACUCCACGACAAAGGACGAAGCACGUUUCAUAACCCUCAUCGAAUCCUCGAUCGAGUCUGGUUUGGUGGAACGUCUCGCCAGAUGGACAAAGACGAGCGGGAGCGUCAAGGGGAAACGUCGGAGAGCCAAGGUCGAAGCUGGGGAAGCGAAAGAAGCCGAGGAGCAUGCCAAGGUUCUGGGGAUCUGGGAGGAGAUGUACGGCGAUGCGCAGAAGGCUGCAGGGUCAGGGUCGGGCAAGAGCGCGGAAGUCAAGGGAAAGUCGGGCAAGAGGAGCCGGACGGGCGAGCCUACAUCGGCUGGAGACGAGGACGAGGACGACCUCUCGGGUCUGGCGGCGAUGAUCGCCAAACGACAGGGAUCUCGAGAGUCGGCUAUGAACGCCUUGUUCGAAAAGUACAGUCGACCACCGCCUGUCAAGCGGAGCAAGAAAAAGUAGGGCGUAACAGAUAAAGGCUGGAGAUUGAAGUAGUCUCAUCGUUGGACAUGUCUAAUUUCUGUCGUGAUAUUCAUGUGCGGCGUGUAUGAGACAUGUCUCUUGUUCGAUGUACUCGAUGUGAUCUACCACUGGUGGCUAGUGGCCC